AUGUCGCGGGGGGUCCCGGCUGGGCUCGGCCGGCCGACGCGCGGGGCUGGGACCCGGCGGGGACCCGGCGAGGACCCGGCGCGCUCCGGUGCCGAGACACCGCCGCAGCUCCCGGCACGCCCGCCCCGCCCGCGCACGCCCACCCGGCGCUCCCCGGUCCCCACCCUCCCGCGGAGCCCGCGGCCUGGAGGUCCGGGAGGUCGCGGCAAGAGCGAGCCCGGGACUGCGCGGCCACCUCCCUGGGGCGGGGAGCGGGGGGGAGGGGGGCGGGGGGAGCACAGCGGGGGGCGGCGGGACAGGCGGUUCCGCGCAGCUCCUGGGAUGCCUGGGCAGCUGCGGGUGCGCUCGCCCCAACCUUCCUACAUAAACGCAGGGCCUGGGGCUGCGCAGACCCCACAGGGCGGCCCAAGGGUGCACAGGGGCCCCAGGUGUGUCUUCAGCAGGAACCUGCAUUCCACAGCUGGACCGGCCACUUACCAGAACUCGGGGGCGCCCAGGCCUUGCGUGGUGCGCUGGCCCACCCUGCAGCCUUCCAGCCCCAGACCUGGGACGCAGGUGGACUUCUCCUUUCGCUCACGGGGCUUCCAAGCUGUUAGCAUGUCUGCUCUACAUUCAAAAUGUGCACAAAACCAGCGGCUUCUCGGAGCCUGCAGCCACCUGCAAAGUCUCCUGCUCGGCCCUUUACCUGCCCCUUCAGUCCCUCCUAUUGGGACCCUCCCUCUCCGAGGAAAGGCUCAACGUGUCCCGGGAGCUCAGACCCCAGCCACUGCCUGACCCCCACCCCCACGCACGCCACGGCCCACACCAGCAAUCGGCGCCUCUCGGGGCCUUUGCACGCCCUGCUCCCUCUGCUUGGACGGCUCUUGCGUGCUUCCUUCCUUGGCUCCCCAGGGGCUUGGCUCCAAUGCCACCUUCUUGUCCCACCCGCUACCCACUCAGCUCACAACUGUGGCAGCUAAGCUCCCGCCUCCCCUGCUUACUCGGUUGGCCCCAGGAAUCAGCUCACCUCCCAGCCCUGGGGGCUGCUGCUUUGACCUUGAGCUGUCUGCCCUCACCCUGGGAAUGUCUGCUCCACGAGCAAGGGGCUCAUGCAUACGUCUCCGGAGCUUGGAAGAGCUGGGCACACACUAGCACUCGCAAGAUAGUGGCUGAGUGGAUGGAUGAUAGGUGGAUGGAAGGACAGAUAGGUGGACAGAGGGCAGGUGGGCGGUGGGUGGGUGCGGAUGGAGGAUGGAUGUGUCUUCUGACGUCUGAGUGGGGGCUGCGGGGGCCUGAGGAGGACGGUGCUGAGUUUGAUGACUUCAUCCUGCGAGGGCCCCAGUUUCAUGCUAAUGGAAGUGGCCCGUGUAGCACAGAGAAGGUGCAUUCAGAUGGUGCUCACCUGGUGACUCGGCCACUGAGUGGCGUGGAGGGAGGGCAGCCCUGGCCUGGGACACCGCAGGGUCUGGACAGGGCACUGGGGAAGUGGAAGUGUGUGACAAGGCACCAGGGGAGUGGAAGUGUGUGACAGGGCACCAGGGGAGUGGAAGUGUGUGACUGGCCACUAGUAUGGUCUUGUGAGGUGUUGCUCUUGGCCUGUGUCCCUGCCCCACCUGUCUCUGUCCCCCACUCCACUCCCAACCUCUUGUCCCAGAGAAAAAGCCAGCAGGACAAGAACAGGAUUCCCUCCAGUCCAGAGCUUCCCUGCUCUUUUCUUAUGGUUCCUGGGUGGAGCCUUUGGGAACGACAUCCUCUCUGAAGAUGUUGCCCUUGCAUUCCACAGGAAGGCCAAAUUCCCACCAGACCAGUGUGUGCCCUGAUGCCCACCCCACCCCCCAACCAGCCUGUCGUAAGAGCCGACAACCUUUCUCCACAAAGCUGUUCAAAGGGCAGAAGAGCAGUGUCACUGCCUGGACGUACAAAUCCAGAACAGACACCAGUGCCAGGUGCUGGCCAUCAGGUAGUGUGCUGCCCAUACCUCCACUGCCCCUCACAGCAGGAAGGGCUGCCUGAUGGAGAAUAGAAAGGCAACGAGCCCCUGAAGUGGCGUGGCCAGAACAGGGCACACCCCACUGCCCACGAGUCCCUGCACAGGUGAGAAGUGUGGCUGUUUGGCAGCAUCUCAAUCUGUGAGCAUUUGGAUGAUGAAAUGCGUCUGCACUCCAAGGUUGCUGGAGGGCUCUGGGCAGACGGGCGCUGCCCCAGCCUGCGAUGGGCAUGGCCUUGAGGAUGCCAGCCUGAUGCAGAAGCCAGUCUAGGGGAUUAUACAGGGUGUGCACAUCCACUCCCCUACCCUCGGACUGUAGCCACGAACCCCUCCAACUGGGUCAUGGUUUUAGGCAGGGCUGUGGCACCCCACCACUGCAGGGCCACCAUCCAUAUCAGGCAGACUGUAUGAACCGUGCCCCUUGGAAUUGUACAGUGCACAACCUGCACAUCCUCAUGGCCAAAAAGACCCAGAGACGUGUGUGUGUGUGUAUGUGAGGGGGUCUUGGGAAGUGUCCUGAGAACAUUCCUGUCCUGUGGGUGGUGACGAUCUGAUAACUGCCGGACCACUUCCUGCCUCAGGCAGGCAUGCAUUCUGGAUCCUUCCACCGUGGCCUGGACCCCUUGUGGUCCAGGGAUCCCCUGCACCUAUGGGGAAGGGGCGUGGCUGUAAAACAUAUUCAAAAAUGUGGAAAUAAUGCAAAAGCCAGUCCGAAAACAACUGUAAUCUUAUACCCAGCUGCCACAGCAUCUGAACUUCAGGAUUAAGAAAAUAAAACUGAAAACACCUA